AUGAGAAUUGUUUUGUUGAUUUUCAAUUUAAUUUUCCUAUGUGCUUUCGGUAUUUGCGAUCUAGCAGUACAAGAUCUUCUUCUUAUCGAAAAUCAAUUCCAGAGUCUUGCUACAAAAACGAAGUGUGUGAAAGAAGCGCUUUCCCAUGUUUUACCCGAAUGCGCCACACUAGGUAUAGACUCGGUUGAUAUUGCCUUACGGAAACUUUCCGCGUUGAAACUUUCAAUAUGUGAAUUUGAAAAUUCAGGGAUUCAAUACCCCACCAUUUGCAGACAAGUAACUACCCUCAACGAUUGUGGAUCUUGCAUUACUGAACUAGAGAAAUCUCCACAGUUCUGGACAACAUAUAGUGGUAAUUAUCGCGAAAUUGGAUCGAUAUGCUAUGCUGAAUCCUUGCCCUUCGAAAAGGAUCAAAUAUUGAAUCUUUACUCCAAUAUAACAAAACUUUACAAUGAAUUCCAAUUUCGAAUGAGAGAAUCAAACUCGGAAUUUGAAACUACAAAUCAAUAUUUAAUGGAGCAAAUGGAGUAUGUCUUCUCAAAAAUCGAACAAUUGUCAUUAAAAAUAGUUAAAGAAGGAGAAAUUUUAAAGAGAAAAAACUCUGAAUAUUUUCAUGAGCUUGAAAAUACCUUGAUAUCUACUCUUCAGCACACUUCAAAUUUGGAUUUAGAUAUGAAGGACAUGUCAGGUGGAAUUAUAAAUUCUUUAGCUAAGAUAAAUCUGUAUAUUAAUGAGGUUGUUCAGCAAAGUGAGUUGCUGGGGGUGGUUAGUAAAUUAUCAGAGAUGGAUGAAAAAUACAUUAAAUCAUAUCACGCGCUUACUGCAGAGUCAGAACGGUCUCUUUCAAAAAUACAGGAUAAUUUGCAACAGAUAAAUACAUUUGCAGUAGAAGGACUUGAUGCGUCCUUUCUUCUCCAAGAAUCUUUAAACAGUAACAAUUUAGCUGCUUCCGACUUAAGUACUUCAUUAAAAGAAUCCAUUAACCUAAUCUCUAAUCAUAACUUACACUUGAAGGAAGAUUUUGCCGAUGCAUUGUGUGUACUUACUGAGAAAAUAGUUAUUCGUGUAUCGAAUACAAUUGAAGAUAUUAAUGUUCAGUUAUACGAUUCAUUCCAGUCUAUUGAUAACCAAAUCUAUAUUAUUGAGGAUCGGUUGGAAUACAUGGAUCAGAAACUAUCUAAUGUUACCAUGCAAUUCGAUACAAUAAUUAUUUUUUUCCAAAGCUCAUUUGAACUUUUAACUACAAAUAUUUUCGUGACCACUGUUUCGAAAUUUAUGGAUAUGUCAAAAAAAGGUUGGAAACAAUGUAUGGGAAUUCUAAGUAAUUUCAGAAGUAGCAUCCUUUCCACUUUUUUGAUGUUUACAGUUGGAUUGAUGGGGGUAAUAUGUUUUUUAAACACUUCUAAAACGAAUAAAAAUGCAUUUUCCAAACUAAUAACACACUUCAUACUUACCUUUAUAGGAAUGUUGCUAAUUAUUCCAGCAUUAAAGUACUUGUAUCACAUUUGA